AUGUUUAGCUUUUGUGGCUGCUCCUCUCGCCGUCGAGCGAAGCAGAAUGCAAUCCCAUACAGCAAGGCGAUGGCUCCUGAAGUCAAAGCAUGCCUGAGGCCCUCUGGAACAAUGACUCACGGUGCAGUCGAUUAUUCAGGCGAUGGUAGGCUGAGUCUAGAUGAUUUCGGUGUGCAGAUAUCGGGCCUGCCCAAGAGAAAGAGCAGCAACGCGCUAGAAACAGUCAAAAACAAGCUCAUACGACACCUGUCAAUCGACAAAGAUCCGCCUCCAAAGUCCCAAGUCUCCUCUCCAGACAGCGACGAGGAGGUUGCUCGCCGGGCAGAACUUCGUCGGUUUCGGGCCAGACGAAUCCAAGAGGAGUUGUACCAAGACCAUAGCAGUUCCCUUUCGCCCCAUGUCUCUAUUCGAAGUACAAGAUAUUUGUUGCCGCUCAUCGACAUUGGUCGUCCUGGCCGUGGCCCCAGGGAUGCCAUCGAAUUCUCCAUUGAUAGCGGGAGCCAUAUGCCUGCGAUAUACCCGUCUCCUAUGCAUAGCCCGGAACCUUUGAAGAGAAAGACUCCAAAUCCGACAGUGAAAAGGUGGAGUAGCUGCCCGGCCGUGAUUAGAGAACAACGAGGCCAAAUCGCUGCACCAAUCUACAACAAUUCAAACACAGCUAUGUCCCGGAAGCGUUACACCAUACCUAGCCGACUUUCAGAGUCCAAGUCGCUACCGAACUUGCUACAACCAAAUAUGAAAGCCCCUCAAGUCGCCAGAACAAAAAUUGCCGCGUUUGGCAGUGACGACUAUACUGCCGUGGACGCCUGGCUCGUACUGCAAGAGUCGCGAUCGCGGGCUAGCCCAGCAUCGGGAGCGACAAAGGAUAUAUUGAAGUAUUCUGGAUCACGCAGGACUUACCUAAAACCUUCGAAUAAAAUUCCCACAGAGUUCAGCGAUGAUACUGUUACAGUUCCAUAUCCGAUUCGGCAGAGCGGUACCUCUCGUCUCCCUUCAGCGUCACUUGGUGCGACGCAACAGUGCGGAUCGCAAAAGAUAAGCAGCUCAAAACCAGCUUCUGCGAAUCGCUCUCAAGUCUACGGAUUAGCGGUUCCGCCAGGAGGAAAGAAAAAGACCUCUUCGAGCUCAAGUCAGGGACGAAUCCCACACUCUGAAACAACUGGAGGGCUUUCAUCGUAUUAUCCAUCCGUCAUACCAAGCAUACAGCCCAGCCCGAGCAGGUCAAAAUCUCUGGUCAAUGUUCUAACUGUGAGGGACUUGGAAAGUCUUGAGUUGUCCCCUUUCGAAUGGCACGGUGACAACUUCGGAAGCUUUGGCACCUCUAGCGAGGGCCACAGCUCGUACGCUACGGCAGAUAAUGGCGAGAAUAACAAUGAUAGUGUCAACGGAUGUCACGACGGCCAAGCAGACGAAAUAACCUCGCACCGAUUCGUUGACCCUUUGAACAUUCGCAAACGGCGUGAACACGAUACCAUCACCUCCAGUCGUUCAAACCCUAUUAUGAAUCGUCUCCGUGCAGAGAGGGCGGGCCUUCCCACAAUUUGGCGAUCGGGAAGCGGAUCCUGGAAGAUUCAGGCUCGUCUUCCUAAACGCAUCUCGUCCAGAUUUUGGUACCAAACCCGCACAGCCUCCGCGACCAUUCCGGAAGGGAACCCAGAGGCUCAGUAA